AUCGGUGAAUGGCUCCAGCCAGCGGACGAAGAAGUAAAGCAACGAGAAGAAAUAGUGGAGACCAAUUACGCAGCAAUCCUAGAGGCGAGCACUAGCGUAGUAUUUUACGCACAUCCGAGCCUCCAUCAGUAUCCUUGGACUGUGGAGGAGAGAAUCAAGAACAAACAUGUAUCAAAGGGGCUCAAACGACAAGCCUUCGAACGAUUUCGGACAGAAUUGCGAGGCGGUAUUGGCGUGGUCAUAGAGAGACUGGAGACGCAGGCGAAACAAGACCAGUGGCAAUGUGGGCUUCAGCAACAACGACCCAAGCAGUUAUGGAGCCAUGACCAUUCCCUAACUCCCUACCAA